AGAACACACACUGGAGAGAAGCCUUACAAAUGUAAUCAAUGUGGUAAAGCCUUUGCAAAAAACAGUCAUCUCAUGAGCCAUAAAAGAACACACACUGGAGAUAAACCUUAUGAAUGUAAUGAGUGUGGCAAAGCCUUUGCAGAAAACAGUACUCUCUUAAGCCAUAAAAGAACACAUACUGGAGAGAAACCUUAUGAAUGUAACCAGUGUGGUAAAGCCUUUGCACAAAACAGUCAUCUCAUAAGCCAUAAAAGAACACACACUGGAGAGAAACCUUAUGAAUGUAAUGAGUGUGGUAAAGCCUUUGCAAAAAACAGUCAUCUCAUGAGCCAUAAAAGAACACACACUGGAGAGAAACCUCAUGAAUGUAAUGAGUGUGGCAAAGCCUUUGCAGAAAACAGUACUCUCUUAAUCCAUAAAAGAACACACACUGGAGAGAAACCUUAUGAAUGUAACCAGUGUGGUAAAUCCUUUGCAGAAAACAGUCAUCUCAUAAGACAUAAAAGAACACAUACUGGAGAGAAACCUUAUGAAUGUAAUGAGUGUGGCAAAGCCUUUGCAGAAAACAGUACUCUCUUAAGCCAUAAAAGAACACACACUGGAGAGAAACCUUAUGAAUGUAAUGAGUGUGGCAAAGCCUUUGCAGAAAACAGUACUCUCUUAAGCCAUAAAAGAACACACACUGGAGAGAAACCUUAUGAAUGUAACCAGUGUGGUAAAGCCUUUGCACAAAACAGUACUCUCUUAAUCCAUAAAAGAACACACACUGGAGAGAAACCUUAUGAAUGUAAUGAGUGUGGUAAAGCCUUUGCAAAAAACAGUCAUCUCAUGAGCCAUAAAAGAACACACACUGGAGAGAAACCUUAUGAAUGUAAUGAGUGUGGCAAAGCCUUUGCAGAAAACAGUCAUCUCAUAAGACAUAAAAGAACACAUACUGGAAAGAAACCUUAUGAAUAUACCCAACCUGAUAAAGCCUUUGCACAGCAGAGUAGUCUCCAAAAACAGGAAAAGACACACAGUGGAGAGAAGCCUUAUAAAAGAACACAUUCUGGAAAGAUGUCUGACAGUAACCAAUGUGAAAAAACUUUUGGACUUCAGAAUCAUCUUCACACUCAUGAAAGAAAUCCUAACGGACAGAAAGCCUGUGAGUGCUUUAAACAU